AUGCGGAAUCCGCAAAACCUAGUUCAUUUCCGGAGUGUGAAUCAUCGUCGCUCGUAUCUCUGUUUCGAGAGCGCUCCCACGAAUCUGUGCGGGGAAAAAGUGAGUGUCAGGACAACAAUAUCCGGGGUAGAUCUCAGCAUAGCUUAUCGCCUAGCACGGUUGCCACCUGAAGCACCUACCUUUGAUUUGGUUGAGGCGAACCAUGAUAAUCUGGUGGAGGCGUCUAGGAUAGUACAAUCAACGACGCGGUCGUUCUCAUUGAUUUUCAUCAUACGAUAUUUCCAAGACCAUGGAGCCUGGAAGUGGACCACUCCGUCGGCCACCGAGAAUUCUAAGCGCGACCCAUGUUCCAAUUGUGUUCUUUCAAACACUCGCUGCGUGCGCGGUCGGAAGCGACAGCCCGCUAAGCGCAAGUUCAGCAAUCCCGCUGGCGAGGAUCUGAACAUGGAUCAGUGA